UCAGGCUCCUUGAGCAACAUUUCCAGUGAUGUCUUGUCAGCCAACCUCAGCUGUAAUGAUUCUGGCACCAAUGAGACCUGUGUGGUGGGGGAGGAGGAGAUGGGAAGCCCCUACAAAGCCGUGGAGAUGGUCUUCAUCGCCCUGGUUACAGGCUCCCUUAGUUUUGUCACUGUCACAGGCAACAUCCUGGUGAUGCUUUCCAUUAAAGUAAAUCGGCACCUCCAGACAGUCAACAACUACUUCCUGUUUAGCCUGGCAUGUGCAGACCUUAUCAUUGGUGCGUUCUCCAUGAACCUCUACACGGUCUACAUCAUUGUGGGCUAUUGGCCCCUGGGACCUGUAGCGUGUGACUUGUGGCUGGCCCUGGAUUACGUGGUGAGCAAUGCUUCUGUCAUGAACCUUCUUAUUAUUAGCUUUGACCGCUACUUCUGUGUCACCAAGCCCCUGAGCUAUCCAGCCAGAAGGACCACCAAAAUGGCUGGGCUGAUGAUUGCAGGUGCCUGGAUUCUUUCCUUCAUUCUUUGGGCCCCUGCUAUCCUGUUUUGGCAGUUUAUUGUUGGAGAACGCACGGUUCCACCAGGAGAGUGCUACAUCCAGUUUCUCUCCAACCCUGCCGCCACUUUCGGCACAGCCAUCGCUGCCUUCUACCUGCCUGUGGUCAUCAUGAUGGUGCUCUACAUCCACAUCUCUCUGGCCAGCCGCAGCCGGGUGUCCAAGCAGAAGCCCGAGGCUGAGAAAAAGAAGAAGGGCCUCAAGAUACCUAACCCACUCAAGAGCCACAUCCUUAACAGACAGAAUAACAACAACCCGUCCCCCAAGCCCAGUCUGGAGUCCUGCAACACCGGUGAAGCUGUGAAGAAUGGCAAGAUUGAUGUGUCUGUUGUUUCCACCAAGCCUGACGCUAGUGUCAAUCCAGAAGAGAAAGAGAGUUCCAAUGGCUCCAGCACAGCCAGCAUUGCCCCCCAAAAUGCCAAGGAGAGGGCCAAAAGUGAAGCCAUUUCCGAGGGGUGCCUUGGCAUUGCUCCAGCACCUGCUCCUGCACCUGAACCUGCACCUGCAGCGGCAACCGUUAAACUCAACCCUGCCUCUAAAUGGUCCAAGAUCAAGAUUGUAACCAAGCAGGCUGGUGACGAGUGCAUUACUGCCAUCGAGAUUCAGCCACCCAUCCAGGGGGGCGAGACCCGCUCUAUCCCAGUCAACCGCCCCCGGAAGGUGGCGCGCAAGUUUGCCAGUAUUGCCCGCAGCCAGGUGAAAAGGAAGCGCCAAAUGGCAGCCAGGGAGAAAAAGGUGACCAAAACCAUCUUCGCCAUCCUGCUUGCCUUCAUCCUCACAUGGACCCCGUACAAUGUCAUGGUACUCAUCAGCACCUUCUGCCACUCCUGUGUCCCGGACACUGUGUGGGCCAUCGGCUACUGGCUGUGCUAUGUCAACAGCACCAUCAACCCAGCCUGCUACGCCCUCUGCAACGCCACCUUCAAGAAGACCUUUAAGAAUCUCCUCAUGUGCCAGUAUAAAAAUAUUGGAACAAGAUGAGCUGGAGCAUACAUAUGCUGAGGGGUAAUAUUACUAAGACAUCUGGAGGGCUGAGUGGUUACAGAGAACGGGAGGAGGGAGCCUCCACAGGGAGCCUCCACAGUCAUGUUUAUCAACUUAUGUCACACUCAACGCUCCUCGGAGAUGUCUUAGCCACAGAAGAAUAGUAACAUCUUAGCUACGUCCAAAUGAUACAGUAUGAGUAUGAUGGCCAAUGUGAGGAUGGGGCAAACGAAGAAUCUGAGAUCAGCCAAAGUUAUGGAGUCCAAACAUGUCUCAGUUGUUUUCUUUUCCCCCCUGGACCCUUAUUGCGAUGACCAACAAGGACUAAUUCGUAUCCACUGAAACGUGGUAACAAUCUUCAAAAAGCCCAGCUGAACGUCUGUGGACUAAGGCCAGGGCCAAGACUUCAGUCAUCCCUCUCCGAGAUACCACCACCAACAUAGAAGACCGUGAGGGCAGUGUUACAUAAUGUCUGGGUGUACGGCAAAAGACACAUUAAAAAGGAGCUUGGAAAUCUUCCUUUAUGCAACAGUAUCAAAGGAAACGAGCAUGAAAUGUCCGAUGAAACUAUCCAUUUCCUCCUUUCCUUCCUCCUUGAGGAAUUAGAAUUGAUUAAGUCCUCACGGAGAUGGAGGUACUCCUUCACAUCAGUGAAUCCUUAUCAUAAUGUGAUAUGGAGAGCAAUGUGGUCACGACAUGAUAUGGAGAACAAAGACGAUAUGGAUCCUUUGUUGUUGCAGACUGUCUAACCUCAAGGCUAGUAGCACGUACGUCAACAUGCUGCUGGUGACUUGAAAUACGUUGUUACCCCUGAGAGUACUGUAAUGCAUAUCCAUUCACCUCCCACUGACCAAAAUAUUGAUGUAUAUGUUUUGAUCAAAAUUGAUCUUCAAACAUGACAAACUGUUGAUGGCAGUACAAGGCCAAUGCAUAAGUUAACAACCGGUGUUUGGCUCCAAACAAUUCAAUUAUCGUGUCGUUACGUUACAAGGAGAAACACCCGCCGGCAACAAUAAAGCUUUAAUUCAUUGCCAGCUUCACAAUUAUGGAAGUGUUGUGUUUUUAAAUUUGGCCUUCACUGCGACUGGAACUGCCGGUAUAAAAUACAAAACACUUGUUUAUAGGGGAUACUUAUCUCGAGAGUAUUAAACAUAUUUUCUAUGUUAUCUCCUGCCUAAUUAUGAAUGUGUAAAUAGAAGGCCAUUGUAUGCUCUAAAAACUGCAGUUUCUCAUUUCAUAUCUGAAUGUUUGUACCUCUCUUGUAUUAUGUUUGUGAUUCACACAUAAUUUUACAAAUUGAAUAUAAACAAUAUAUAUAUAUAUAAAUAUAUAUAUAUAACUGUAUGUAUAUGCAAGAGAUAUUAAGAGAGUGUAUUUCUAAAUUGAUUUAAAGUCAGGAAUUUGGGGGGAAAAAUGUAACCCGUUGUUUUUUGGUGACUUAUAUUUGUAAAUGUGCCACUAUUCUCCAUGUUGGAUUACAAUGUGUGAAGUCCAGCUUGUACCUCCCCAGCCUAUAUCCAUAUUCACGAGGUCACACCAAUGAUUAGGUGGGUAAUAUUACUAGCUUAUCUAACUGGUUCAAUGCAUUUUCAAAGAAGGACCUUCUAACAAAGAGCUAAAUGCAUAAAAGUAGGGAUUAGUGGGAAAAUAACUGAUGCUGUCUGGGCAUGACCUGGUCAUAUAAAAUGGCCAGCUACGGAUGUGCAUCCAUAUAAAACUGAUUUUGAAAUGAUCAUGGGGUCAUUACUGUGGUGGUAAAGAUGGAUGAAUAAUCUUACUUUAAUUCCUGAAUAUCACAUUGGCAUGACAGGCUGGGUGCGACCC